GUUGCAUCGCUGAUAAGACAGGGCGGCAGGGUAUAUCGGCCGACGUAGGGUCGAUUCUCGGGCAUCGGAGAAGCAAAUAAGUGGACGAUCAGUCUGUUCUUGUGCAUUCGAUCCCGCGCUUCCCAACGAUGUGUUCACCCCGCCAAAAUCACCUUGAGACGAGAAGAUACCACCCUUCGUCCUUUCUCACACUCACGACCUUGGGAGCCACCUACUUAAACUGUUUCCGAACCUCGCUGUCCUCACCGAUCUCGUUGGCAUCCGUGCAGAGAGCCUGCCGAGACUAACCCUAAAACCCACGAACCAUACUCGACCUCAAUCGCGCGGAAAAAGCAACCAUGUCUGCCAACGACGCCUACAAGCACGCGCUCGAGUGCAACAAGAAAUGGGCCGAUGAAGUUAGCAAAACCGACCCGUCCUUCCUCCCGAAUGCCGCCAAAGGUCAAGCACCGCCAAUUCUCUGGCUGGGAUGCGCCGACUCUCGUGUCCCAGAGACAGUGAUUCUCGGCUGUAAACCCGGUGACGUCUUCACGCACCGCAACAUCGCCAACAUCAUCAACCCGACCGACGUCAGCUUGCUGUCCAUUGUCCAAUUCGCCGUCUUCCACUUGAAGGUCAAGCACAUCGUGGUCUGCGGACACACCUCAUGCGGAGGAGUCAAAGCCUCGCUGGCGAACACAAAGUUGGACAUCUUGGACAUUUGGCUACAGCCGCUCCGUGCGCUGAGGGAGAGAUACUCGGACGAGCUGGAAGCGCUGCCUGAUGAGACGGCCCGGAGCACGUUCUUGGCGCAGAGAAAUGUCUAUCACGGCUUGGAGAACCUGAAGCGUAUGCCUACCGUCAUUGACGCUAUGCGCGAGAGAGGCGUGGAGGUCCACGGAGUGCUGUACCAUCUGGACACGGGCUUGUUGGAGGAGGUGCUGGACGAGGAGGAUGAGAAGACGGCGAAGAAGCGUGUCACCAACUUCGAGAUGCACUGA